CUUCUUCUUUCUUCUUCUACUUCUUCUUCACCACUACUGACUAUACCAACUGUACACAAAAAAAUGCGCACGUUAGCCUGUCUCUCCAUAAUCAUCACCUCCAGAUCAUUAAUACGUAUAAUGCGCCUCUUUUAAAUGCUCUCUCUCUCUCUCUCUCUCUUAUUAGCUUAACCUACUACGCUACUUACUGCUUCCUCACUGACCCCUCUCUCUCUCUCUUUCUGCCUUAAAUAGAUCUGCGUGCCUCCUCUCCCGUUUCUUUCUAAUGUCACCGAAACGUUUCUUGCCUCUUUUCACCGUUUCCACCUCCGCUUGCUCACUACAUUCCCUCAACCGACGUCGUUGAUGAGCUGCUUCUCGUGUGCUCGCUCCGAUCCGGUCCUACAUUACGCCAUAUCGGAGCUGUGAUCUUAUUAUUGUGGAGACGCUGAUAUCUUGCACCUACAUUUUGGCCCUUUUUGCUGUUAAAAAAAAAGAAGAAAGAGAAAUGAAUCCACUGUGCUGCAUUGCUCCAGUUUCCAUCGAUAAAGAUCGAGCAAAUCCUAAUCCAGUAGUAGCAAAAUCAGUAAGCCAUAAUCAGUUAGGGCUUGAAGGCGGUUUAUAUAAUAGUAAUAGUAAUAGUAAUAAUAAUUAUAAAACAGUUAAUCACAGUUCUAAACCUAGUUUUUCAGCUCAAGUAUCAUCAGUUGGUACGGAUUUAGAUAGACUAUCAGGUGUUGGUGUUGGUAAUCAUCAUAAUCAAGAUUUUGUUCUUGAAGAAUUGGCUACUAAUGAAGCAGCUAGGGAUUAUAGUGGUGGCGGUGCUGUGGCGGGGAUUUUGUAUAAAUGGGUGAAUUAUGGGAAAGGAUGGAGGUCAAGAUGGUUUGUGCUAGAAGACGGAGUGUUAUCUUAUUAUAAAAUUCAUGGACCUUAUAAGAUUUUAACAAGUCCAGCUAGAGAGAAAGAUGUUAGGGUUAUUGGGGAUGAGUCUUUAAGGUAUAUGAGAAAGGCUAAUUGGAGUAGUAACAGGCUUGGAGCUGGAGUUGGAGCCAAACAGUGCAAGCCUUUUGGUGAAAUUCAUUUAAAGGUGGCUUCAGUUCGUGCAAGCAAAUCAGAUGAUAAAAGACUUACCAUAUUCACAGGAACAAAAACUCUUCAUUUACGAUGCAUAUCGAGAGAGGAUAGAGCAGGAUGGCUUGAGUCACUCCAGGCUACUAAAGAUCUUUUCCCUAGAUUGUUGACAAGCAGUGACUUUUCACCUUAUGAAGAUGUUGUUGUUUCUACUGAGAAGUUAAGAUUACGGCUGUUGCAAGAAGGUAUUGGUGAACCAGUUAUAAAAGACUGUGAGUCAAUUAUGCUUGUAGAAGUCUCUGAAUUGCAAAAUCAGCUGAAGGCUCUCCAACGAAAACACAUUAUAUUGCUAGACACACUGAGGCAAUUAGAGACGGAGAAAAUAGAGCUGGAGACUACUGUAGUUGACGAAACAAAGGAGCGUGAAUCAUAUUGUGGACAAGCAAAUAGAAGAUUUAGUGAUUUCUAUUCUGUCAUGUCUGAAGGCAGUCCGAGCGAUUCUGAAGCUGAUAAUGAAAGUCAAGAUGGAGCAGAUGUUGAAACAGAUGAAGAUGAUGGGACAUUUUUUGACACAAAUGACUUUUUGUCUUCAGAUGCUUUAAGAAGUGCUUCCUACAGGAGCAGGGAAACUACGGGAAAUGCUUGUAUAUAUGAUAGUGACCUAUCUUUUUCUGAUCAUUUGCGGGGGGCAUCUGGAAAGGAAAUCAGGACAAUCAAAUACCCCUAUGUUAAACGAAGAGACAACUUGCCAGACCCAAAGGAAAAAGAGAAGCCUGUUGGGCUGUGGUCAAUUAUCAAGGAAAAUAUUGGGAAGGACUUGUCUGGAGUUUGCCUUCCCGUCUAUUUUAAUGAACCACUCUCUUCACUGCAAAAGUGCUUUGAGGAUUUAGAAUAUUCGCACCUGGUUGAUCGAGCACUGGAAUGGGGAAAGCAGGGGAAUGACUUGAUGAGAAUACUGAACAUUGCAGCUUUUGCUGUAUCUGGUUAUGCCUCAACAGAAGGUCGGCAGUGUAAACCCUUCAAUCCUCUCCUUGGUGAGACAUAUGAGGCUGACUAUCCAGAUAAAGGACUUCGAUUUUUCUCAGAAAAGGUGAGUCACCAUCCAAUGAUAGUCGCUUGUCACUGUGAGGGAAGAGGAUGGAAGUUCUGGGCAGACUCCAAUAUCAAAGGGAAGUUUUGGGGGCGUUCUAUUCAGCUUGAUCCUGUUGGUGUUCUUACCUUGCAGUUUGAGGACGGUGACACCUUCCAGUGGAGCAAGGUCACCACUUCUAUUUAUAACAUUAUACUUGGAAAACUUUAUUGCGACCACUAUGGCACCAUGCGCAUCAAAGGUAGUGGCAAUUAUUCCUGCAAGCUUAAGUUCAAGGAGCAGUCCAUAAUAGACCGAAAUCCUCAUCAGGUUCAUGGGUUUGUACAAGAUAAUAGAACUGGGGAGAAGGUUGCAAUGUUGGUUGGCAAGUGGGAUGAAGCAAUGUACUAUGUGCUAGGAGAUCCAACUACAAAGCCAAAGGGUUAUGAUCCAAUGGCAGAGGCUGUUUUGCUCUGGGAAAGAGAUAAAUCUGUUACCAGGACAAGAUACAAUCUCACCCCUUUUGCAAUAACGUUGAAUGAAUUGACUCCUGGCUUGUUGGAGAAAUUGCCUCCUACUGAUUCAAGACUCAGACCAGAUCAGAGACACCUAGAGAAUGGGGAAUAUGAGCUGGCAAAUGCAGAGAAACUGAGACUCGAACAGUUACAAAGACAGGCAAGGAAGUUGCAGGAAAGGGGUUGGCAGCCAAGAUGGUUCCGCAAGGAUGAGGAAAGUUGUUAUCGUUAUGUAGGUGGUUAUUGGGAAGCAAGAGAUAGGAAAAAAUGGGAUGGGAUAUCUGAUAUUUUUGGCCAAAAUAGUGACUCAUCUUCAUGUUUAGUGGAAGAAUGAGUUGUUUGGUAUUGGUUUCUUAAAUUCCUGUUAAAAUUGAAAAUCUGAUUUUAGAUGUAGCUUUGUUUUAGUCAAGAAAGAAGUUCUCCAAGGUGUACUUACAACAUGCCAAGUUUUUCCAGCUAUCUAGUCUACGGUGGUGCAUUCCUUUCCA